GAGAGGCUUUGGUUGCUCAUUCGAAUCAAACCUAUCCUCUUAAUUUAUUUUUUGAUGUCACUUUUUGCCAUUGGUCUUCGUUGUUAUUUACAGUUAUACCACUCGGGUUAUGUUAGCUUCUGGUGAUUGGGAACCUGAGAGCAGAAGCUCUUCUCCGGCUCUCGGCUUCCCUCGCCUCAGAUUCUUCCGGUACCGGCGCUUGAGGUAACCGGUGUUAGACCAAAAAAGAAGAAGAAGAAAUUCAAAUUUUAUAAUUGUAAGUAUAUUAUUUUGCUUUACAUGCCGAAUUCGAAGAGUCACCGUAGAGUACCGGAGGAGAAGAACCGGAGGGGAAAACUAGCGCAUAGAGCGUCGUCGUUUCACGGACAAAGUCAUCUUACUAUGGCGGCGGAGCUUCGCCGGCCGAAUACGACGCCGGAACUGCUAUCGUACAAUAACGUAGUUGGAUCGACGCCGAUGGAAGGACGGCCACCGGCGGCGAGGCUGACGAAGUUGUUGUUGAACGUGACGAUCCAGGGGAGUCUCGGCCCCGUACAAGUGGUCAUGUCGCCGGAAUUGACGGUAGGCGAUCUCGUCGCCGCCGCAGUGAAGAUUUACGCUAAAGAGUGUCGCCGGCCAAUCUUGCCGACCACCGAUCCGGCCAUGUUCGACCUCCACUACUCGCAGUUCAGCUUAGAAAGUUUGGACAGAGAGGAGAAGCUGAUGGCAUUGGGAUCGAGGAACUUUUUCCUGUGUAACAAAAGGACUGCGUUGGACGGUGGCGUAACGACGUCGUGUUCCACGCAAGCUGAGAAAGAUUCAAAGACUGGCUUUGCUUGGCUCAAGUUCAUGGAUUUCUUGCUGUGAUUGAUUGUCUUUUUAGCGGAUUAUAAGCCUUGUAGUAUUUGUUUGUUCAAAUUAUUGGUGUGAAAAAACCGUAGGUCAGAAAUAGUUGUCAUGUGUGUUAGAUUUUGGGGCAUUUUCAUGGUGUUCCCCCAACUUUUCUUAUUGCUGUUCCUUGUAUCAUAAUAAUUAAUGAUUUGGAACUUGUACAGUUAAAA